AUGCCAAAAAAGAAGACCGGACAGCGAAAAAAAGCAGAAAAACAGAAACUGCGUCAAAAAGAAAUUCGAAAUGCUAGGGAGCAUAUUGACUUAGCACAACAUCCUUGUAAUCUACCGAUGGAAUGUGACAAGUGCCAAAAAAAACAGAAAAGUCGUGCAUUUUGCUACUUUUGCUCGGCGCUGCAACGGCUGCCUGUUUGCGCGCAAUGUGGGAAAGUAAAAUGCAUGCUAAAAUCUGGCGACUGCGUGGUGCGCCAUCCAGGUGUCUACACUACUGGCAUGGGCAUGGUGGGAGCAAUAUGUGACUUCUGCGAGGCUUGGGUCUGCCAUGGUCGCAAAUGCCUUCAAUCACACGCUUGUACGUGCCCCCUAGCUGAUGCUGUAUGCCUGGAGUGUGAAAGAGGGGUUUGGGAACAUGGAGGUCGUGUAUUUAGGUGCUGCUUUUGCCAAGGCUUUCUCUGUGAAGAUGACCAGUUUGAACAUCAGGCAUCAUGUCAAGUGCUAGAGUCUGAAACAUACAAAUGCCAGUCAUGUAAUCGGCUAGGGCAGUAUUCAUGUAUGAGAUGUAAAACAUGUUUCUGUGAAGAGCAUGUGCGGCGACGUGGCACAAAACCAACUCGUGGACCACCACCCUGCCCGCGUUGCUCUUACACAUUGCAUCUCACCUCUGAUCUGGCCCUCUCCACUCGGUCUCACCGUUACGGGAGACAGGGAACAGCAGCUGCAGAUGAUGAUGACUUCUCCAAUGACUAUUCUGCUUACUCUGAGAGAGCAACAUAUGAAGAUGCUGGUGAUUACUCUUACUCAGAUGGUGAUGAGUCUGAUGAAGAAGAUGAUGACAAUGAUGAAGAUGAAACCUCCUCAGAGGAAGAUGCUGCAGGUGGUCCUACUAGCUGUUCUAGUACUGUAGAAAAUUCUAAUGAUAAAGCUUAG